CUCCCUGCCUGGCACCGAGUGAGCAUGCGCAGGCUACGCUGUGUUGUCAGGCAAAAAAUAAGACGGCAGUAGUGGCAGCACAGAUCUGCAAUAGAUAAACAUACAGCCCUGUCGGGAAGAGGGAGAGAGAGAGAGAGGAAAGCUAACAGUGGAUAAAAACAGUGAAUUCAACCAAGCGGUAACAUGGUGACUUUGCGGUUGAGCGUCUCCGAGGUGUUAUUUUAGAGGGGGAUGUGUGUUUUGUUGUAGCGGAUUGCCGGAGCAGAUACAGAUACGGAAGCGGAGCGGGAGCACCAUCAGCAUCAGCCCCCACCCCCACCCCCCUCCAUCCCAACCAUCUCCUGAGGAGGCACGGAACAGGACACCACAACCUGAGUGUAAGACCCUGAAGGACCUGACUGAAGCAGAAGAGGACCCCACUGGCAACUAAAACCUCUGGACGUUGCUCCAUCUCACUGGAGCUUUUAGCUGGAAUGGAUGCGAAAGGCCUGAGCCUGUCUGAUCAACCACAGUGAAUGGCAGAUUCAAUGGAACUCAAAGGCCAGUACUGGACUGAUGAGGAAUCUGACGGAGACAAUGAGUCGGAACAGUUCCUGUACGGCAUCCAGGGAAGCUGUGCUGCCGACCUGUACCGGCAUCCUCAGCUUGAUGCUGAUAUUGAGGCAGUGAAGGACAUCUACACAGAGAGUGCCAUCUCUGUUAGAGAAUAUGGGACCAUUGAUGAUGUGGACAUCGACCUCCAGAUCAACGUCAGCUUCCUGGAUGAGGAGGUGGCGACGGCCUGGAAGGUCAUCAGAACAGAACCCAUCAUCCUGAGGCUACGCUUCUCCCUCUCACAAUAUCUGGAUGGACCAGAGCCCUCAGUGGAGGUGUUCCAGCCCUCCAAUAAAGAUGGCUUCAGCCUGGGACUUCAGCUCAAGAAGAUCCUGACCACGUUCACCUCACAGCAGUGGAAGCACCUGAGUAAUGAGUUCCUGAAGGCCCAACAGGAGAAGCGCCACAGCUGGUUCAAAGCCGGCGGAACCAUCAAGAAGUUCCGGGCCGGCCUCAGCAUCUUCUCGCCCAUCCCUAAGUAUGCCACGGCCAGCACUCUUCUGCAGUGGAUCAUAUCUAGCAACAGAUCGCAUAUCGUCAAGCUGCCCCUGAGUCGGCAACUGAAGUUCAUGCACACGUCGCACCAGUUCUUGCUCCUCAGCAGCCCGCCUGCCAAGGAGGCUCGCUUCCGGACGGCCAAGAAGUUAUACGGCAGCACCUUCGCCUUCCAUGGUUCCCACAUAGAGAACUGGCACUCUGUUCUGAGAAAUGGACUAGUCAAUGCCUCUUAUACCAAGCUGCAGCUGCAUGGUGCAGCGUAUGGCAAGGGCAUCUAUCUAAGUCCCAUCUCCAGUAUAUCUUUUGGAUACUCAGGGAUGGGGAAAGGACAACACCGCAUGCCCACCAAAGAUGAGCUGGUGCAGCGAUACAAUCGCAUGAACACCAUACCACAGAGUCGGUGUAUCCAGUCCAGAUUCCUGCAGAGCCGAAACCUCAACUGCAUCGCUCUUUGUGAAGUGAUCACAUCCAAGGAUCUGCAGAAGCACGGCAACAUCUGGGUGUGUCCCGUCUCCGAUCACGUCUGCACGCGCUUCUUCUUCGUGUAUGAAGACGGACAGGUGGGCGACGCUAACAUCAACACCCAGGAGCCCAAGGUUCAGAAGGAGAUCAUGCGUGUGAUCGGCACACAGAUUUACUCCAGCUGAGCGUGCC